AUGUCAUCGCCAUCUGCAUUAGAAUCAAACCAACUACUGACGGAAAGGCAAAAGAGACUCUUGAGUUUUCUAAUGUCCAAGAAGGUGCCGCCUGUACCUACACAACAAGAAAGGAAACCAUAUCCUGGGUCCAGAGCUAACUUUAUCAAGCAAAUUUUCUUUUGGUGGUUGUCUCCAGUGAUGAAAACUGGGUAUCAAAGAACUUUACAACCAGAUGAUUUAUUUUAUUUGACUGAUGACAUAAAAGUACAAAAAAUGGCAGAUGAUUUUUACAGAUACAUGACACAUGAUAUUGAUCGUGCUAGACAGAAACACAUUGCUGAGAAAUGUGCUGAGCGAAACGAAACUCCUGAAACGACAUCUGUUGAUCCUGAGGAAGAUUUGAAGGAUUUUCAAUUGAAUAAGUUUUUAACAGUAUGGGCAUUGGCCAAGACUUUCAAAUGGCAAUAUACUUGGGCUUGUGUAUGUUUAGCAUUGAGUAAUGCUGGUCAAACAACUUUACCAUUAUUGAGUAAGAAAUUGAUUAAAUAUGUCGAGUUGAAGGCUUUUGGUUCAGAGCCAGGAAUUGGAAAGGGUCUUGGCUAUUCAUUCGGAACAACAGCAAUGGUAUUCAUUAUUGGUGUGUUGAUCAACCAUUUUUUCUACCGUUCAAUGAUUACUGGUGCUCAAGCUAAAGCGGUAUUGACGAAGGCGCUUUUGGAUAAAUCAUUUAAACUUAGUGCUGAAGCCAAACACAAAUAUUCAGUGGGUAAGAUCACUUCCAUGUUGGGAACAGAUUUAUCGAGAAUCGAUUUUGCAUUGGGUUUCCAACCAUUUAUUAUUGUGUUUCCUAUACCAAUUGCCAUUGCAAUUGCCAUUUUAGUGGUGAAUAUUGGCGUUGCAUCCUUAGUCGGUGUGGGAAUUUUGCUUGUGUUUAUGGUUGGUAUUGCUUUUUCAACAGGAAAGUUAUUUGCCUAUAGAAAGAAGGCUAAUACGUAUACCGAUUCAAGAGUAAACUACAUGAAGGAGGCAUUAAACAAUUUAAAAGUUAUUAAAUUUUACUCGUGGGAACCACCAUAUCACAAGAACAUCUCAGACAUUAGAAAGAAGGAAAUGAAGAUUAUUUAUCGUAUGCAAGUUCUUCGAAAUAUUGUUACUUCAUUUGCCAUGUCUUUGACCUUGUUUGCAUCAAUGACAGCAUUUUUGGUACUUUACGCUAUUUCCAGUGGAAGAAGAGAUCCAGCAUCCAUCUUUUCCUCACUUUCUCUUUAUAAUACUUUAACACAGCAAGUCUUUUUGCUACCAAUGGCUUUGGCCACUGGUGCAGAUGCGUUUAUGGGUAUCUCUCGUGUUGGUGAUUUCAUGUCACAGAGCGAAAUCAAUCCGCAGGAAAAUGCCAUUGAAGCUCCACCUGAUGUUCAAGAAUGGAUGGAUAAGGAAUCCUUGUCGAUUGAUAUUGAAAAUGCUUCAUUUGAGUGGGAAGUGUUUGAAGAUGAAGAGGAGAAAGAUGGCAAAGCCUCCAAGAAGAAAAAGGAUAGUAAAAAGAGGAAAUCUGAGGAAAGUGUUACCUUGGAUAUACAGGACAGUGAGUCUUCUUCAUCUAAAGGUUUAGAUGGCUUGUCAUCCACUGACGUCGCGUCUGAAGAGGAUGCCCACUUUGAAGGUUUGAAGAAUAUUGAUUUCAAGAUCAAGAAAGGUGAGUUUGUCGUCAUUACCGGUUUGAUUGGUACAGGUAAGUCAUCAUUACUUUCGGCGAUGUCUGGAUUUAUGAAACGUAUUAGCGGAACUGUUAAUGUAAAUGGGUCGUUGUUACUCUGUGGAUACCCAUGGGUGCAAAACUCAACAGUUAAAGAAAACAUCAUUUUUGGAUCAGAAUUUGACGAGGAAAAAUACAAGAGGGUUAUCUAUGCAUGCUCUUUGGAAGCUGAUUUGGAGUUGUUGCCAGCAGGUGAUAGGACUGAAAUUGGUGAACGAGGUAUUACUUUAUCCGGUGGUCAAAAGGCUAGAAUUAAUCUUGCUCGUGCUGUUUACGCCGAUAAAGAUAUCAUUCUCUUGGACGAUAUAUUAAGUGCCGUUGACGCUCGUGUUGGUAAACAUAUCAUGAACAGUUGUCUUUUGGAUUUGUUGAAAGACAAGACUAGAGUUUUGGCAACUCAUCAAUUAUCUUUGAUUGGAUCUGCUGAUCGAGUGAUUUUCUUAAAUGGAGAUGGGUCUAUUGAUAUUGGAAAGUUUGAAGAAUUGAAGGAAAGAAACCCCGGAUUUGGUAAAUUGAUGGCAUUUAAUAGUGAAUCCAAAGAUGAAGAGAAUGAAGAGAAUUUGGAAGAGUAUGCAGAAGAAGAAUUGAUUGAAGAAGAUAAGCGUAAUAUUGAACGUCAAUUAACACGUCGGUCUACACGAACUGCUACUACUGUGGGUGCCUUCCCUGAUGACGAUGAAGAUGACGAUGAAGAAGGUCGUCACCAUGAAUACAACUUGGAUGACGAAGCAGAUGGUAAAUUAAUUGGUGACGAGGAACGUGCUGUUAAUGCCAUCAGUAAAAAAAUCUAUGCCAGGUACUUUGAGUUAGGAUCAGGUAAAUUUACCCCAUGGGUAAUGCUUCCGCUUUUGCUUUUCUUUAUAGUGGUUGCCACAUUCAGUCAAAUUUUCACAAACACGUGGUUAUCCUUUUGGACAGAAUACAAAUUCGAUAGACCAAACAAGUUCUACAUUGGUAUCUACAUCAUGUUUACGUUCUUGUCGUUUAUUUUAUUGACUUGUGAAUUCAUUAUAUUGGUUUACAUCACCAAUACUGCCUCAGUACAAAUGAAUGUUCUUGCUGUUCGCAAAGUUUUGCAUGCUCCAAUGUCAUUUAUGGAUACUACUCCAAUGGGACGUAUUUUGAAUCGUUUCACAAAAGAUACUGAUGUUUUGGAUAAUGAAAUUGGUGAUCAAUUGAGAUUCUUUUUAUAUGUAUUUGCAAAUAUUAUUGGUGUCAUCAUCUUGUGUAUUAUCUAUUUGCCAUGGUUUGCUAUUGCUGUUCCAUUUUUGGGGAUGUUGUUUGUUUCCAUUGCUGAUUACUAUCAAGCAUCUGCUCGUGAGAUUAAACGUUUGGAAGCAGUACAAAGGUCUCUUGUUUAUAAUAACUUUAACGAAACUUUGAGUGGUAUGGCAACAAUUAAAGCAUACAAGGUUACCGAAAGAUUUAUUGACAAGAAUAACUACUUGAUUGAUCGAAUGAAUGAAGCAUACUAUAUUACCAUUGCAAAUCAACGAUGGUUAGCCAUUCACAUGGACUUUGUGGCUACAUUAUUUGCCUUGUUGAUUGCUUUACUUUGUGUUAAUCGUGUGUUUGAUGUGAGUGCCAGUGCUGUUGGUUUAAUUUUGUCAUAUGUCUUGCAAAUUGCAGGUCAAUUGUCCAUGCUUAUUAGAACUUUCACUCAAGUCGAAAACGAAAUGAACUCCGCCGAAAGAUUGAACUCAUAUGCAACAAGCUUACCAGUUGAAGCGCCAUACGUUAUUACUGAAAAUGCCCCACCUCCAGACUGGCCCACACAAGGUAGUAUUACAUUUGAUCAUGCAUCAUUAGCAUAUAGACCCGGUUUGCCUUUGGUUUUAAAGGAUUUGAACUUUACUAUUAAACCUAUUGAAAAAAUUGGUAUUUGCGGUAGAACUGGUGCUGGUAAAUCAUCAAUAAUGACAGCAUUGUACAGAUUAUCUGAGUUGGAUUCAGGAAAGAUUGAAAUCGAUGGAAUUGAUAUAUCUAAGUUAGGAUUGAAAGAUUUGAGGUCAAAGUUGUCAAUCAUUCCACAAGAUCCAGUUUUGUUUAGAGGUACAAUUAGAACCAACUUGGAUCCAUUUAAUGAACAUGAUGAUGUUCGAUUAUGGGAUGCAUUGAGAAGAACAGGAUUAAUUGAAGAAUCAAGAUUGGAAUCAGUUAAGAAACAAACAAAAGCCAGUGCCAAACCAACUUCGUCCAUCACCGAAAAAUCAACAGAAAAAGCAGUUACUCCCGAUUCAUUGACAUUGCAUAAAUUCCAUUUAGACCAGGCAGUUGAAGAUGAAGGUUCCAACUUUUCACUUGGUGAAAGGCAAUUAAUUGCUUUUGCCCGUGCUUUGGUUCGUGAUUCUAAAAUCCUCAUAUUAGAUGAAGCUACGUCAUCAGUUGAUUAUGAAACCGAUUCCAAAAUCCAAGAAACAAUUAUUCGUGAGUUUAGAGAUUGUACCAUUUUAUGUAUUGCUCAUCGUUUGAAAACGAUUAUCAAUUAUGAUCGAAUCUUGGUAUUGGAUAAGGGUGAAGUUAAAGAAUUUGACACGCCCUGGAAUUUGUUUAAUUCAAAGGGAACUAUAUUCCAACAAAUGUGUGAGCGGUCAAAUGUUACUGAACAAGAUUUUUCAAAUUCAACAAAGUUUUGA